AUGGAGGAUCGACGAAUGAUGGAGCAAUACCUCCUCGAGGACUUUCUGAAUGGAUGGCUCACGAGGAAUGACGAGAUCCUGCCUGCAAUCAGGAAGCACAAGGAGAAGGCGGUAUUGCCUGUGCCAGCAGCUGGGGUGCAGAGUGCAGCCAUGUGCGAAGACAACUAUGACUUUCUUUGCCACUAUUUCGCGACACUCGGUGCGAAGUUGCCAUUGUUUUCCUGCCACAAGGUUGUGCUGCAGACAUUGGCAAAACGCUAUGCAAUUUUCCCAGCCCAGACUCGCAAGCGUAUUGUCAAAGCUUGGGCAGCAACCGAAGCAGCUACGAUGAGAGGUUGUGCUGUUCAUGCUUUGUUGUUGGCACGAAGAUCCAGUGGAUCUAAGUCUACAAAGAUCCGCAUGCUCAAGGAGCUCAUCGCCUCCGCCAUCGGUUCUUCUGACGUCGAUGCGGCUAUCGAAGCGGAGAUCCAAGCCUGUAUGCAGGAUCAAUCCCAGGAUGGGUCAGCCGACUCGCAAAGCUCUGCCUCCAUUGAUGGUGAAAGAAUGGAUCAGGAUGAUCUGCUGGAGGAUCCGAAGACGAUGCCACCCUCCAUCCUGAAAGCGGUGCCUUGCAAUGUCGACAAGAUGGAGACACAGUUGAGCUGGUGGGACAGCCCUACGAAGCUAGGCUGCAAAGCUAUGAUCGAGGAGGACAAGGAGAAUGACAAGAGGGCCCCGGUCCAGGCAGCUCCACCGAAUCUUCGAUUGUCUCAAGAGAUGGUGAAGACACACGAAAAGGAUUUGGAGGAAGCCCAGGCUAUCGAAGCUGUGUCUGAACAGCUGGAGGUGCAGAAGGCGGCAAGAUUGGCUGCAGCUGCCAACAAAGUUGCAGCAGCGGCAAAGAAGCAGGAUCCGAAACACGUGGCCAAAGGGUCCAAAGUGAAGACUGGUGGUCGUGGCCGGGGACGUGGACGUGGCCGGGGGGCCGCGAACCCGAGGGACGUCGCCACAUCCUCCGAUGGCGCCACCGAUGCUCCCGCCACGCAGGCUGCCGAGAACCCGAGCAACAUCGACACCGAUGCUCCCGCCACGGAGGCUGCCGAGAACCCGAGCAACAUCGACACCGAGGCUGCCGAGAACCCAGGCAACAUCGCAACCGAGGCUCCCGAGAACCCGAGCAACAUCGCCACAUCCUCCGAUGCUCCCGCCCCGAAAGCCAAGGCUAAAGCUAAAGCAAAGGCAAAAUCCCAAGCCCGAUUCCCGGCGCCGGACGCGAAUGCUCUGGGCGACUGGUCCACCAAGGCUGCUGAGCUGAAGACUGCUGGCAUUGCCAUCCCUGCUGGCUUCGAUGGCAGCCAGAAGAGCUACACCCUGUCGGCCGCGACUUACAAUCCCAGAACGCCGGAUGCCGGGUCUAUCAGUGUGCUGUGGACUCUCAAUACCCUGUAUGUCAAUACGGUCGUCCAGACUCAUGACUUCCCGGCGAACAAGAAGGGUGGAUGCAACCUAACCCGUUCCAAGUAUGGAAACUCGUUUGCGAGCUGUUGGAAAGCUGCGAAAUUCGCAGCUGGAUGGACAGACACUUUGGGCCAGUGA